UUCCGUGGUCACUAUCUCCGUCUCCUGUUCGGCGAUUCCGACCGGUUCUCUCGCCUCUAUGCAUCGUUGGCACCUCAAUCUGACGAUACUCCACUGUCCUCCGACUCAGCUUGGCGUCUCUUUAUUGGUUGGUUACUAUAUCGUCUCCUCUACUGCGACGCAGAGGAUACAGACAACCAUUCUCGCCUAGUUACCCUUCUGGCUUCCAGGUUUCCUCCAGACCUGACGGAUGUCGUCUCGUUUGUGGACCCCGACAUGGCUCUUCUUCGUCUCAGCCAGCGGCUCGAUACGCUCAAGGCUAGUCUCUUGUGCAUAUACAGGGCUGCCGGCACGCUGGUCCAGACGUGCGCCAGCCUCCUCUAUCCCUCCCCGGUUCCCUGCCAGACCUCCGCCUUCGAACGUCUGGCUUCCUGCCUUCUGCUUGCACCGCGACGCAUCUUCGAGCAGAUGGCACAAUCGCCCUUCGUGUCAGGUCAAGGCCGUGUUGCAACCCAGCCUCCGGCAUAUCUGGUGGAGACGUUCAGAGAAUGCAUCGGCGAACACCUGCCUCAAGUAGUUCUCCCUCCAGAGCUUUAUCCCUUUUGA